AUGGCGUUGAGGGAGCUAUCGUCGUUGGAGAAAUAUUUAGGACUGAAAAAGCCGAACAAGUACAGUACACAGGGGGAUAAAAAGGUACCUGUGCUACAGAAUAAUAAUGGUCCUCCACUGGUUGGCCUGGUGACCGUAGCCUGUCAUCUAGUGAAGCAGGCCCAGCGCCCAGAGCUGCUGGGUGACUCUGCAGAGAACAGAGCUGUGGUGCAGCAGUGGCUGGAGUAUAGAGUCAGCAAGCUGGAUGUCUGCGCCAGGGAGGAUGUCAAAACCAUCCUUAAGGACCUCAACCUCUACCUGCAAGACAAGGUGUACCUGGCUGGCAACCGCUUCACCUUAGCUGAUGCGCUUGUGUACAAUGGAAUUCAUCCAAUCAUAGUGGACUUGGCCGUCCAGGAAAAGGAGCAGUACGUGAAUGUGACGCGAUGGUUCGACCACAUCCAGCACUAUCCCGGCAUCCGACACCACCUCUCUCCAAUAGUUGUGCUCAGGAACAGAAUCUACACCAGCAGACACCACUGAGACCCGACCCCACCCCACCUGACCCAGCCUGACUCAAAUGAUAUCACAUCACCAUCUUUACCAUUUGAGGAUGUUUCCCUUCAAGAGCUCCUGUUUUAUUCCUGUUAUGGAUCGUAAUUCCUGCCUUUAUGUUCUGUCCCAGUUAACUGCCUCAACAUUAUUUUGGUUAUUUGAGUUUUUUAGCUCAACCUUUUUUUUUCUCAUUGGAUUUGUUUCCUUUUUUUGUCAGAAAUAUCAGUGUUUUAAAUAAUAUUGCUCACUACCAUUCACUAUUGACAAGGGCUGGGAACAGGAGGAAGAAGGAAUCAUCAUCUGUCAUCGUAACCCCUCAAUUAAACUAACACUAUUUAUAAGAAGUUUGGUGUCGUAACCUUUCUAAAAAUACCAGGGAGCAAUUCUGAGUGACAGUUAUAUUCAUGUUGUAUGUUUUUUUUUUUUGUGUUGGUAAUUUUUGAAGGGAGUUUUUGGAAGUCUACAUAUGUGUAGUUGUUUUCUGAGCGAAGGCUGUACAGGUUGUAGUGAAGCGAAAAACAAGUGCUGCUAGCUCAAUAGUUUUUUUUAAAAAGGGUGUUUUUAUUUAUAAAUGGUCCAUAAAUGGUAAUUCUUUGUUUAAUUUGAGCCUUGAACACAGGAUGAUUUAGUAUUACAGGAUUUAAGAGGCCUCACUGGGAUGUUACUUAGCUGACAGUGCAGUGCAUUAUGUCCUUAGGAGAAGCAGCAUCCUUCAUGCCGUAUCAAUGCAUAUCCUCACUAUAGUUUUAAAAAAUAAAUGUGGUUACUAAUUCAGCAUCAUGACCCUAUAAUGACCACAGUCACUGCUGAGUCCACAUUGUUCUGCCACUACUGCCAUCUCCCUGCCCCGAUGCAUAAAGCCUUUCAUCCCUAUCAUAUUGUUUUUUGUUUUUUUUUUCUUUCAUAGGAUUUUUAUCUUUUUUUCACAUACAACUCUCUGACAUUUCAUUGGACAGUUUAGUUUUCUGUGUGUGCGCCAUCCUGAUUAUAUCCCCGCUCUCUGUCCCACUUCCUCACCACCAGUCGUGUGGGCAGCAGUGAGCAGUUGAGCGUCAGCCCCAGAGUCAGAGAUCAGAGUGAGGCUCCAAUCAGUCCCACUACCACCACUGUUGAUGCUGCAGGCCACAGAGAGGGCAGCGGGCUCACCAGCUGCCACACAGAUCCAGCCAGCCAAGGCCAGAACCCAGGCCCCUGGGCGACAGUCAGCCACUGUGUGUCAUUUCAACCCUCACACUCCCACGGGGGCUACUGGAGAGAGAAGGACGGAGGAAGGCAGUGAGCGAGCGAGGGAGGGAGGGAGGCUCACAGAGAAAGAAAAGAGCACCCAGAGGCCGAGGGAUCUUUUUGUGACAUGUGAACAAUGAUCCGUGACUCCGAAUGCCUUACUGCUGCUGGCUGGAUGUUUUGCUAUUAGCACCAUCAUCGGGCCACGUCAUGGCUGUGGUGGCAGAAUCUUUAUGAACAUAACAAUACAAAUACAAGAAAAGGGAAAGAUGAAGAAAUAUUAGGGAAGACUAGAGGAAUAAAUAUAACUUAUUGAUCAUAGGCGGUACAGUUUUCUGAUUUUCAUUGCUUUGCUUUUGCAGUCAAACACGUUUACAGACUGUAGACUGUAACAACUUCAUGUAAUACUGGAUGUUUUAGUCUUUGCGUCAGUGUUUGCUGGCAGUUCUUCACUGUCUUGUUUAAGUUCUCCCAUUUCAGUUACGUUAUCAAUGUCCUCAGCAAGGACAAGGCAGGGAAAUCACAGGUGGAAGUAAUAACAUUAAAUGAGGGUUGCAUUGCAUUAAGGUGAGCCAGUUCCAGCACUCUGGU